AUGGCAUCCACAUUCUCCCCAUUCAUCAACGGAAAAUUCAUGGGCGGCAAAGGCGCCGACUACGGCUACGCCUCCGGAUCUUACUUGCGACAUUAUCCCGGCACCCUCUUUCUAUGUCUUGCAUGGAUUGCCUAUACUCUUGCAAUGUUAUGGCUUCUCAACGACACCUCACAGAUGUCGUCUCCCGAGAGGAUCUUCGCAUUUCGGAAGGAGCGCAUCGCUGAACAUAUGACUGUGAUUUUCUCUCAGGGCCACACAGGCAUUACCGCCGCUCACCUCGCGCGACUAGCCAUCUCCGCCCUCCAGAAUCCCUCCACUGCGCCACGCACCUGGACCGAACUCUUCUGGAUCGCAGACGGAAGCUGGCAGAACCCUAUAGGCAUGGGGCAAGCGUACCUCACGAUGGCUAGAAAGCGCGUGAAGCCUUCCGCCACGUUUGUUCUCUUCAGCAUGGCGUGUGCUCUCGCUUUAGCCACUCCAAGCGUUAUCACGAGAGCCUGGCCGUCAGGGACCAUCGAUACCCGCGUUACUCGCCAGGCUCGCGUCGAGACGUUGACACCAGAAAGCUUCAACAAUGUGGGAAGUGUGGCUCAGAUGGCCACGGGGGAAGGCUCGUGGACGUCGGGGCUCUCAGUAUUCGAUAUCUACAACUCUAGCGUCUUCACCAGAGGACAGAACUCAUCGGUUCCAACGAAUCGCACCCUAGACGACAUAUUCUUUGGCGGCGAUCCCCAUGGGAUGAACAUCAGCUCGAUGGCCGGUGUCUGGCUCCGUGGCGGAUGCGAGGUAUUACAGUCCGUCUCAGUGCCUUACCCCGGAGACCUCCAUAAUUCUUCUAACACAGCGACAUGGCAAUGGUGCCAGGAUCUUGGAAUGUACGGAUCUUGGAAUGAUCGCACUAUAUGGUCAGCCAAGGAAUUGCCAGAUAUCGACUUGACAGUGAACUGGUGCUCCGACUGGGCAGCCAAUUCGACUUACAAUACGGACUGGAUGAACCAGCCCCCAUUCUCCGAUGCGAGCGUUAUAGCACAAGUUCAUAGCCACAGCACGGAUGGCUCAGAAGACGUCACAGGCUACAUCAAAUGCAACGCGUCCUUCGCUACGGGGGCAGCGGAUGUUGAUGGUCAGCGCCAGACGUUUUCACAGUUUGAGCAAUCGGGGUACUUCGACACAAGCGUCUGGCGAGACGAAAUCCCUUGGCAUCCGCUAGUCAUCGCCUUCUCAGUUUUGACGCAGGAACUUCCUCCAGACAAUGAUGGCAAUUGGAUACGCUACGAUUCCACCCUGCAGAUGCUAGGAUACAAAGCUCGUUUGCACGAGGGUGGGGAAACGAAUAUCACCGCAACGGAUGCGGAGGGGGGCGAUGGGAUCGAUGAAGAUGGUGCUAUUCUUCACAGCCAAAUCACCCUCGAAACUAUGUCUUCGCAAAUGUGGGUUGGUGCAACGCACAUGACCGCAACCCUGGCCACGCUCUCGCGUAACGAGACUUUCGCUCAGGCCGUUCAACUCGUUCCGAUCUCAGGAAGAAACAGAAACCUGGAUUUCGUCUACCUUGCCGUUGCAAUGCUUGGCAGUUGGCUCCUCAUUCUCGUCUAUUGCACCAUCCGUAUGCAUCGGCUGACCUUCAGCGGGAGCCUGAACGCGUAUUCAGCGGGCCGUCUCCUUGUGGACUGGCCAGAGCUGGUCGAGGAGCAUUGUUGCGGUGACCUCGCAGAGAACGGUAAUCUACAAACCCCGUUUGGACGCGUCGAAGACACGAGGCCAGAGGAAGAAGUGGGGCAUAUUGGCGUCACUCAUACAGGCGGAGGAAAGAUACACAAGUUGACCAAGAGACGAGCUUAUCGGUGA